AUGAGCACCAAGGUCAUGAUAACGUACAAGAGGAAGCGUGCUGCCUCACAUGCCCAUACAGAAGACGACACAGUUCUUGAUUCAUCUCCUGCUGCCUCCAGCAAUGUAGCUGCUGGCAGUUUACAACUUACUAAGUCUGAGGGCCCUGCUGAGACCACCGUGCAGCAUCUCUCCAUGUUGCAACAAAACAUCAAAGAAGAAUGUGGACCAGAGAAAGGACAGGAUCAGCUAUAUGGAUCAUUACCACGGAAAGGGCAACCUGAGAUUUGUUGUGCCACCAUUGCCUCAACCGCAGAGGCACAUAGCAAUAAAUCACAAUGCAUUGAUGAUGCAAAAAAUCAAAUUCCUGUUUCAAGUUCUGUGUGUGAUCUCAUGCUUGCUGACGGGACGAUUAAUCAGAUAAAAGAUUCAAAUAUCUCUGCCCCUGUGGAAAUAAAUUCACCUACAGGGACGGAGAUUGCUGUCGUCCCUGGCCAAUGUAAGAAAAGGUUUAGUCCUCUGCUCACCUUUCGCAGGCGAGUUAAGAAGAAAACUAAUUUGGAUGAACCAGCAGAGGAAAUUUGUUCUCCGGACAAUGACAAACAGUGUUCAACACUGACAUGCAGCUCACCACAAUCAUCACUGAAUGCUACACCAUUGCUCAAACAUACUGCUCCAAACCCUUUGGAUAUUGAGGAUAAGGUAGCUACAUUAAGAAAUACUGGACCUUCUACACAAGCUGAACAGUCACCUGAACAAGAAAGUUCGCACAUCGUAAAAUCCUCAGUUCAACAUGUGGUUCCACAGAUUACUCAAGACGUAAACCAAAACAUGAUUUUGGAAGAUGAUGUAACACCAGUGUUGAACCAAAAGAUGACCCUGGAAGAUGAUGUUACACCAAUGUCGAAGUUCACUGGUGUGCAAGAGAUCAGUGGGCAAGAUACGCGAAUGGAGGACUCGAACGGAACAUCACCGAAUACUAUUGAAGUUCCAAAAGUUAUUGAUGUGCAGGGCGGACAUUGUACUGGGGAAACUACUUCCCUGCAGUCUCCAAGACAAAAACUAGAUGUCAGUUGGUUGAAACCAACCAAUAAAUCUGUGGUAGAAGAUAUUCCAGAAUCUCAAGGUUCAACAAGAAAUGUUCCAAUAAUUGUCUUGGAUGAUGAUAAUGAUGAGAGAGGCAAGGAGCUGGAAAAUUCAGAGGCUCUUGAUCAAGGGCUCCAUAAUCAAAAUAAAAGAACUUCUUUCGGGAAGAUCGACCUGAACUGUACUGAAUUAAGACAACAGGAACUUCCCUGUUUGGAUGACUCAACAGUUCAAAGGUUGCCAGAUCAGGAUCUAAUUGUUAAUGCUCGAAAGCAAAUGUCUCAACCAAUUGAAAGGUUGUUUUUCACAAAGGAGAAAGAUACUAUCCGUGGCAAACAACAGCAGCAUGAAGAAAGCUCAACCAUGCAUACCUCAUACUCAAAUUUCUUUGAUCUGGGUCCACCAUGGAACACUGCUCCAUGGUCAGAAGAAGAGUUGGAUUUUCUUUGGAUCGGAGUUAGGAGGUAUGGCGUUAAUAAUUGGAAUGCAAUGUUGAGGGAUACUCGAUUACGGUUUUCAAACUCAAGAAUGCCCGAGGAUCUUGCUAAGCAAUGGGACAAGGAGCAGAAGAAGCUUGUGGCAUCUGCUCUGGGUCCUGUGCCACCUCUUCAUAUGGGCGAAGAUUAUCUUGGUAGAGCUUCAUGCUCUGGAUGCUCAAAGUCUGCAUUUCUUGGGGCCCAAACGGACCUUUCAUUGGGUGACGUCUACUUUCGCAAUGCCCGUGCUUCAGAGAGAGGUCAGCAUCAUUUAUCAAGCCUGGGUGGGCUUAACUUUCAUGGAAUUGAUGGUGGGCCUAGAAAUAUGUCCCUGGGAGGCUUCCCUGGGGCUUCCUCAUAUGGAAGAAGUGGCAGCAGGCGCAGAAGGGCAUCCAAGCUCCAUAAGUCAUACUACGAGAACAAGUCACCUUGGUUCCAAGAACCAUCAGACAGGGUGCCCCAGCUCCUCACCAACCAGCAACCGAUCAACAGCCUUCCCCAGUGGCUUACAAAGGAUGCCAAAACUGGCACCAGUCGAAUCAACCCUGAGAUGUGGCCAAGCAUGGUGCCAGCACCAGGGCGUUCAGCCGCAGAUCCACCGAGGGGAGGCUCCUCUCUCUUUUGUGAUGACGUGAAGCCCCAUGUCCUCCCUGGAGCUUCCCUGAAGUGCGCGAUGAGGAGGAAUGCGGAUUGGCGGUCGUUCAGCAAGAGGCUGUUCCUGUCCGGUGACGCAUUGGAUCUGAACUGUGGGGCUAAAGGCACCACAGCACCCAACGGUGCCAUCCCGAGCGACACCGGCGCGUCAUCCGAAGAGACGGUGUCUGACAGCUGA